CUGGCUCCUGGGGGAGGGCGACUCCUCCCGCAGCUCUGCCUUUACCUUCCCCUUAGGAAGGAGGGUAAUUUCUCUUCCAGGGGACUCUGGAGAUUGGCUGAGCGCGAGCGAGGAGGGUUCACCAGCAAAUCUCCAGAGUCUGCCGGAGAGCGCUCGCCCUCCUCCCCGGGCGUGGGGAUGGGGGAGGAGAAGAAGGAUGAUUUUAAAAGUCCCAAGAGGUUGUAAGAGAAAUGGAAUAAAUGACGUGAAGUGCAACAGACAGACUCCAAGAAGUACAGUCCUGUCCAGAGAGACAUCCAGUCAGGAGUUGUGAAGAGCCAGUACUUUUAGUGCAAGGAACAAAUAAAAUGCAUGCAUCAUGAAUGAAUCAGCCUCAAGUGCAAGUGGCCAGGAGUUUGAUGUAUUUAGUGUCAUGGACUGGAAGGAUGGCAUAGGCACUCUGCCAGGAAGUGAUUUAAAGUUCAGAGUGAAUGAGUUUGGAGCCCUGGAAGUCAUCACAGAUGAAACAGAGAUGGAAAGUGUUAAAAAGGCCACUGCUACUACUACCUGGAUGGUUCCAACUGCUCAAGAAGCCUUUUCAGAAAAGACCGGGAUUCCCCUAAAGUUGAAGGAAACUGCAAAAGUGGAUGGACAUAUUUUCUGUGAAAACUGUUAUCACUAUGGUACCACAGAAGAGUUUAUUCCUGAAGGAAAAUUUUGCAGCCAGAAAUGUGCACAUCAGGUCAAAAACAAAGGACCAAAGGAGGAUAAAGAUGAUUUGGAGUGCAAUGAGGAAGAUGACUCUAAAGGCACUCGGAAAAGAAAAACCAAAUUACCUUUGAAAGAAGAGUGCAAAGAAGAUGAGGAAGACAAAAGAGAGAAGGAUGAAAUGGAGGAGAAGCAUGAAGGAAGGAUACUGAGGGUAUCUCAGAGAGCCAGAAGAAAAAGAAAAGGCGAUACGGCAAUUUUAAAGCAACCUUUAUAUUCUAAAGGAAAGAAACCAUGGUGCUGGGCUUCAUAUUUGGAGGAAGAAAAGGCCGCAGCAGCACCCACUAAGCUUUUUAAAGAGUAUCAGUCCUUCCCAUAUGGUAAAAAUGGAUUCAAAGUAGGAAUGAAACUGGAAGGAGUGGAUCCUGAGCACCAAUCAAUUUACUGCGUUCUCACUGUGGCUGAGGUUUUAGGCUACAGGCUACGACUCCAUUUUGAUGAAUACUUGGAUUGUUAUGACUUCUGGGUGAAUGCUGAUUCUUCAGACAUUCAUCCAGUUGGAUGGUGCGAGAAAACAGGUCACAAACUUCACCCACCCAAAGGAUAUAAGGAAGAGGAAUUUAACUGGUCCUCAUAUCUUAAAACAUGUAAGGCUCAAGCUGCUCCUAAAUCUUUGUUUGAAAACCAAAACACGACAGUUAUUCCAUCAGGAUUUCGAGUGGGAAUGAAGCUUGAAGCUGUAGACAAAAAAAAUCCUACAUUCAUCUGUGUUGCUACGGUAACAGACAUGGUGGACAAUCGUUUCCUGGUUCAUUUUGAUAACUGGGAUGAGAGCUAUGACUAUUGGUGUGAGGCAGCCAGUCCACACAUUCAUCCUAUUGGGUGGUGCAAAGAACAUAGAAGAACUCUCAUCACCCCUCCAGAUUAUCCACAUGCCAAACAUUUCUCUUGGGAAAAAUAUUUGGAAGAAACCAGUUCUUUACCUGCACCUGCAAGAGCUUUUAAAGUGAAACCUUCUCAUGGAUUUCAAAAAAAUAUGAAACUUGAGGUAGUUGACAAGAGGAAUCCAGUACUUAUCAGAGUAGCAACUGUUGUAGACAUUGAUGACCACAGGAUAAAAGUGCACUUCGAUGGCUGGGACAAUAUUUAUGAUUAUUGGGCUGAUGCAGAGAGUCCUGAUAUCCAUCCUGCAGGCUGGUGUGCAAAAACUGGACACCCUCUUCAGCCUCCUCUUAGUCCCUGGGAAUUAGUGGAAGCUUUAGAACAUGGAGGAUGCCCUACUGCAGGAUGCAAAGGAGUUGGACACAUAAAACGAGCAAGACACAUUGGCCAUCACAGUGUUGUCAGCUGCCCAUAUUCUGAUGUCAACUUGAACAAAGAACGUAUCUUACCAGAUCGUUUAAGUGGAGAGAUGCCACUAGCCAGUCCAUCUGUGCCCAAGAACAGAAAGACAGACGCAAAUGAAAGAUCAACCUCUCCUGUAAUCAAUGACAGAAAAUGUCCUAGCCCUGGUCACACUGGCACCAAGUCUUCAGCUCCUAGUCGAUCAUCUGUGAAAUCUGUGUCAGACACAACAAAACAGGAAGAUAUAGAAAAUAAAUCUCCUUGCAAGGAGCUUCUAUUAUGUGAUGCCAAAGACAAAAAAUCUUCAAGAGGAGGGCAGCAAGCUAAGGACUCUGCUAAGAAGGAAGAGUGUGAAGAAGAGGAGACAGAAAAUGAGUUGUCAACUUUAAAUGAAACUAGAGACAUAGAAGAACCCAACUGCCAGAAGCCUCUUCUUCAGCCUGUUUUCUUGUCUUCCAAGUUCCAAAUCCCAUGCCUACCCUUGCGCUGGGAACAGCAGAGCAAGCUCCUUCCAAGCGUGGCUGGAAUUCCUGCCAGUAAAGUUUCCAAAUGGAGUACAGAUGAGGUGUCUGAAUUCAUACGGAGUUUACCAGGAUGUGAAGAACAUGGCAAGGUCUUCAAAGAUGAGCAAAUUGAUGGAGAAGCAUUUCUAUUAAUGACCCAAGCAGACAUAGUCAAGAUAAUGAGCAUUAAACUGGGACCGGCCUUAAAAAUCUUCAAUUCCAUUCUGAUGUUCAAAGCUGCAGAGAAAAACUCUCACAAUGAACUUUGAGUUUAAUGGAAAUUGUUUAGAAGCCAGUUUUCUCCACUGGAACUCAUGUUUUAUUCAAAGCACAAAGACUUGCUAGAAUUGUCAAGUAAGAACUCUAAGAAAUGAAGAAAAAUAAGCCAGCACUGGUGGACUAUUUAUACUCUGAGAGCCAGUACACCUUCUGGAAUGUGUGUGAGCUUUUAACAAGAUACUGUAUAAAAACUGCAUCAGCUAGUCUUAUUUGCCAUACUUAUGGCACUAAUUCUUUCCUGAACUGUUAUUAUUUCUAACUUUAUCCAGGCAUCAAGAAAACCUUCACUAAUUAUUUAUCCUAUAUUAAAACUAGGAAAAUGUUAAAUAUGAUCUAAGAAUUCAUGAGUUAUAUUUCACAUAUCCAUUUUCUUUUUCAAUAGCCUGCUAUAUAUUAUCAAAACAAAAUUGUUUAGCCAAAAAUUAGGCUACAAGUAGCCAGUUGAGACUGUUAAGGUUAAUUUUAAUUUUGUACCAUAGUUUAAAAUGCAAGGAUUUAUGCUACAUAAAUAACAUUUUGCUACACUGUAUAACUUUACAAUUUAUUAAAUUGUCAACUUGCUAGUAACAAAAGAAAACAUUUGGGGUUGAAAUUAGCUUUUUUUGAUAACUGAAUGUUUUUACGUUGGCACAAUACAAAAAAGUUGGGUGAGGUUUUCUUUUUUUUUUUCCCCACCAGCAUCUUUAGUGUAACUUACCAAAAGACCAAUAUAGAGAUGGCUGCAACUGAAAAAUAAAGCUUAACUUCCACAGAACUUCUUUGGUCAUGCUGCACCAUGGCACUCCCCUAGGGAGUCCACUAUGUUACAGCACAUGAAGGAACAUGUGUAUAUUGAAGUAAGAAUAUAAACAAAAAGGAGAGCCAUUUUCUAAAUCUGUACAAGCUGAUCUAUUGCAAUAAUGGAAAAGAGUGAAAUACUGAGACUGGGACCUCCAUAUAGGUUUCAUGCUCAUAAGCUUCUUGAAAGUCACCAUGAUUCAAGAAAAAGCUUUGCAGGUAAGGGGAAUUAUAGUGAGGAAGAAAGGAGAUAUUCAAAAGGAGUGUGGUCCUCACUAUGGAUUUCACCAGUUCAUUAGCAGGACUAAGGUGUCCUACAGCAGGCAUUUUGGAAAGAGACUAUUCUUCCUUGAAGGAUUGUUACAAGCAUUUGGCAGGUAAGGUGUUGCACUCAGUAUAUAAUUCACAAUAUAGAACAGAUGCACUUUAAGGUAGAGAAGGCCUACCUACCUAUACAUUAAGAACUGACCUGGAACAUUCCUGGUGAGAAUUUUCUUCACAGGAAGAGGGCUGACUUGUCAGCACAGUUAUCCCCAUGCAAUCUCUUAUUCCCAGUCUUGGAUGGGGGGAAAUGUUCAGCUUUUUCAUUCAAAACAAACAGAACAUUUCUAUCACAUACAAGUCUGGGAAAAUCUUCCUGUCAUUUUUCCUAAUUUCUCUUUUUGGGGGGUGGAAGUCCUUAAAGUUUUACAAGAGCUCCUUGUGCCACUUGCAGACCAGUUAAGUUACUGGUACCUGCCACAAUUCCAAGCAAAACAGUGUCAGUCUGAAGUAAGUUGCACUGCUCUAUUAGUCUCCUUCCAUAGCAUUGCAUAAAUAAUAUUUUUACAUUUUGUUCAAAAUUUGUACUCUUGAACUUCAGUCUUCUUGUAUCAACAAUACAAAAUAAAAUUUGAAUUGGAGAAGCUUAUGUUCAUUUACUUAAUACUCACAACUGAACUGUUCUAUAUGACAGUGUGAAUGCUAAAAUCAAAGCCUUAUUCAAUACAUAACAAAUGGGUUUUUUUCUCCUUUUCUUUAUCUUUAAUAAAAGGUUAAAAGGCUUUUAAUGGUGUUUGUGCAAUGGUAUUAAGCAGACUCUGUACUAAAUUCUGAAUCUUGUUUAACAUUGUUUAAAACAGUGUUUGGCAACUAAAGUGUUAAUAAAUAAGUAGAAACCGGCAUUUUGGGAUAGGAUAAAUUGUUUUUGAAGUUUGUUUUGAAAAUUUGAAAUGUUUUUAGCUUGUUGGAUUUGCAUUUUCUCUCAAACCUUUAAUGUUUUUGCUUUUAAAAAAAGUUUUUUAGGGGUUAUCUUUUAACAAAUAUUUUGGGAGGAUUGGGGAAUCUUAUUUUUGUCAUUUCUGUGUUUGAUCAUUUUAAAAUUUCAAUGAAAAGGCAUUUCAGAAAAAGAGAAAGUAGUUAAAUGCUGUGUUUUAAAAGUAUGCUAAAGCAGACUUUUACUUAACAAUUUGAGUAACUCCUCUUGUUAACAAAAUGCCAGCUUAAUUCUGAGUUGCUACUGCAUUAACUGUGAAUUAAAUCUCAGAGCAUCAGAACCC